AUGGCUGAUUGGGGUCACCUUAGCUCCGUUCCCGCAACGCGUCCGGAUGUUCGCUACCCUUUCGACCUGAUCAUCGCGUCCGCCAUUCUUCUGCUCAUUCUGGUGGCUGUUGCCAUAGGACUUUGUGUGAUGCACUUUUGUGCGCCCAAUUAUCCUGAUUCGUCUGGUGUUGGCAGCGUCUGUUGUCACUCAGGUGGUCCGACAACUGUUUGGCAUCGGUUGUCAUGCUGUUCGAGUCGGGUCGCCUCCUGGGACGGUCGUGUUGCAAAGCAUCAUCUGUUGAAGGAGCAUCCUAUCGAAGAGGUGGACGGAUCAGAAGUUGACGGGAUUGAGACGACUCCGGCUUCAAGGCUGCCGAGCAAAUUGUCUACUUCUGGUCGUUCAGUAGUUCACUCGUUUGGCCCUCCCUCCAGACAUCGUGCCUUCAUUACAGGCCUGUUACGGCGAAAACUGUCCGGUUUAUUGUCGUCCGGACGAUCACGCCUCUCUAAACGCCAUUUCCACAUGAGACAGGCACCGGUCACCGGAAUUCACACAGAAGCUCCAGUAUUGGGUCCCCCUUUCACGCCUUGGGCAUCAUGUGGGAGUGUUCAUCCCUCUGGCAUGGGAUUCUACUGUCCUGGCCAGCUUCCCUACCACCUUUUGACCACAUCGAAUCAGGCCUAUCCGCUGCCUUCACAGACAACUUUAAGCAGCUCUCUGCCACCAGGUUCAGUGUGUAGCGGAGGUUGGUGUUUGUCGCCAAGCCGUGGUUGUCAGCCCCAUGAGACCUGUCGUUUCGCCACAAGCCCGACUGUACUAACGCCUGGCAACGUGACUGAAGCCGGUCGAAUAAUGCUGGAAAGUGUUUUAACUAACUCUGUCUGUUACAUGUGA